AUGUUUCAGUCUGAGUUGCUUGUGAUCAUAACAGCUUCGGUCUUCGCGAACCGGUGCAGCACGGCAUACAACGGCGAGGACAUCGUGAAAGACAUCACAACCAUUGUGGGCCAAGUCUGGGUGUUUGGCCAGGUGUUUCUCUUCAGUAUGCUCGGCAGCAAGAUGACUUUGGAUAUCCUGCCUGAGCUCAAGAGCUUGGCCCCUGUAAUGCUCUGGGGGCUGCUCGCACGUGCAAUGGGCAUCAGCCUUGGUGUCCUCCUCACGGUCACGAGCCGCAGGAGGACGUUGAGCCAAGUUCCAUCAGACAUCGGGUUUUGCUUUCUGUGCACACUGCCUCGCGCGACAAUUCAGGGUGCACUCGGUGCCGAGCCCCUGAAGCAGCACUUCUUCCACAUCGGAUAUGGCAACAACAGUGCAGUCCAGAACUUCACCUUUACAGCUGCAAGGUUGUAUGUGUUAUGCUACUCCGUAAUUGGCAUGAUACUCUUGAACGGUUUCGGGCCAAUGCUUCUUCGAAGUACCGAGAAAGAAGACUCCACACGCCCGCUGGUGGCCGAUGACUCUGAGAACCCGUCCGAGAAUACGCAGUUGGCAGACUCGCCACUUCAGGUCCCGACGGCGCACGAGUCCUCUACACCACAGCUGCAGAAGGACAAGGGAGGCAUGUUGCACACCUUCGAGUCCAGGAAUUCCACCUGGCGGCCUUCAUGCGAGGUACUCCCAGGCUAUAAGACAACCUGUCGUGCGACGGCCUCCGAGAAGCGACCUGCCGGGGAUGAGGCGGUGAGAGUUCUGAAGCCAACUUACUUGACUUUCAAAGUGCCGAAGAGGUCUGCGAUGCAGCGGAUGGGGGAGUUUAUACGCCGCGGCGAUUCUGGGGUACGUGUCCACGAAGUCCCAAACCCGAACCCUUCGCAAGGAGCCAUUCCCGUGAUCUUAUCCUCCAAGUGGAAGGAGGGAAAGGAGGUGACUUAUUACUUCGGUCCUGAUCCUGACUUCUUGGUCCGUGCUGAUCCUUCAGCGGAUGAACGGCCAAUGACAUUCCGGCUCAGAACGAAAGGAAAAGUCGAAACCAUCACUAUAAGAUUCCCUCCCCUCGUCAAAGAGGCGCAGUUCGAGCCAAACGCAGUGAUGGUACAGGUGCCGGAGAAUGCACGGCCGGGAGCUUCGUUGGUAUUUAAGCAUCCGACGGAGAAGCUCUGGCUGCAGUUCGAAGUUCCCCAGAAAGUUCCGGCAAAUCGUUUCUUGGCUGUGGCACUGCCGUCGGCAAAGUACGUGUCUAAGUCAAACGAAGACUAUUGCUCCUUCAUGAACGAAAUGUGUGAUGAGAUCUACGCUGAGUUUGUGGAAACGCUGCAAGCCUUUGAGAGUCUCUGCACCUUUCGCAUCCAGCCGUAA